GUGCCCCCAGGAGCAGCUUGCCACAGGGGGAUGGCAAACGGAGCAGUGAAAAGGAGCAGCCUUGUGUAGGUCUCAAGGAAGAAGAUUUGGGAAUUGCAAGAGUCUGGACAAAGGGCUCAGGGCAGCGUGAGGCUCUUCGGGAUAUCGUCAUAGACGCCCUGCGCUUUCUGGAGCAGCAGAAGGGCUUCAAGCCUGUUGAAGUGUCUCUGAAGGAAGCUGUCAACAUGAUCCGGGUGAGGCUGAGCCAGCUGGAGGAAGGGUACCAGCCGGCCGCCCGCACCUUCCAGUGUGCCACCUGUGACUUUGUGGACUGCCCAUUUCCCCUGGACUGCCCAGUGCAGGACGUGUGGGUCCACGCGGAUGAACCCCUCAUGCUGAGCUGUGACGUGCCCUUUGCCACCCCCCGGGACCCCCCCGUCACCUGGAUGGUUGCCAGUGAUCUGCGCACACGGGACCUGACGCUGUUUGAGGAGCUGCAGGGGUCCGUGGUGGACACCCCCAGGCUGACCCUCCCCAUACCCCCACUGGGAACCGUCGCCUGUCUCCUGGGGAACCUUUCUGAGCCCUUGGUCCGCAAGUUCUUCUACCUCAACGGUGAGCCCAGAGUCCUGGAUGGACGCCAGCACUUGUUCUUGGCUGCCCUGGGCCACUCCAUGCAUGUACAAAACCUGAACAUCUUCAAGAAAUCUCCUUCCAACGCCUCAGCAAGUGCUCUGAAGAAAACCGAUUUGCCCAAGGACUGCAGUGAGGUCCAGGCUGGCCGCCCCAGCGGGGGCUACAUCAUCCAGCCCACAGGGCUGCACCCCAUGGUGGUGUACUGCGAGAUGAGCGUGGCGGGCGGGCGCUGGACGGUCAUCCAGAGGAACCAGCAGGACACACACCUCACCUGGGCAGAGUCCUGGAGCACCUACAAGCACGGCUUUGGGAAUGUGCACACUGAGUACUGGCUGGGCACCGAGUACAUCCAUCAGAUCUCCAAGCAGAAGGUCUACCAGGUCAGGUUCAUCAUCUGGGAUGCCUCCAACAGCAUCAACUUCGCCGAUUACAACUUCUUCAGCGUGGAUGACGAGUCCCAGGGCUACCGGCUGAGGCUGGGCACCUACUCAGGCACGGCGGGGGAUGCCAUGGACUCAGACAAUCCCAAGAACGUGCACAACAACAUGAAGUUCUCCACAAAGGACCGGGACCAGGACACCUCCAGGGGGAACUGUGCCUCCCGCUCUGGGGGCGGCUGGUGGUACUCGGCGUGUUACGCCGUGCGGCUGAACGUCAAGGGUGGCAUGACAUGGGGCACCCUGUGCAAAGGGAACUGCAGAGCUUCUGCCAUCCUCAUCAAGCCAGCUCCAGACCAUUAG